AUGGUCAUUCUAAAAAACUUGGAAAAUAGAGAGUUGGAGUUUGAAGACACUCUGACACAGUGGUACGUUUGUGAUCAGGUAUGUGUUUCACAGGACCAGAGAUCUCCUGAUAAUUACACUCAGUUGGCUAAGAAGCCAAUUUUUGGCUCAGGGAAUGACAUAUCUAAGAAGACUUCUGUGUCUGUGAAAGAGUCAGAUAACUCCUAUGUAUUCCAGAAAGCACAGUUGAAGAGGCCACUGAACGCCUUCACUGUGUGCCUCCAUGUCUACACUGAACUGUUUAUGACCCGUGGAUAUAGAGUUUUCUUUUAUGCUACCAAGAAAGAAGCUAAUGAGAUCCUCAUGUGAUUUAAAGUUAGAGGAUAUGUUCUUGGAGUGGGUGGGCCUGAAAUAUUUUUCAAGGCUCCUGAAAUUCCCAUGGCUCCACAUGGGAGUCACAUUUUUGCCAGUUGGGAAUUCAUCUUGGGGAUCAUAGAGUUGUGGGUAGAUGGGAAGCCCCAGGUGGGGAAAAGUCUGCAGACAGAGUACUCUGUGGGGACAGAGGCCGUGAUCAUCUUUGGGGAGGAUCAGUAUGCAUUUGGUGGGAGGUUUGAUGUAAACCACUCUUUGGUGGGAGACAUUGGAGGUGUGAACAUGUGGGACUUUGUUCUAUCACCCAAGGAGAUUGGCACAGUGCAUGCUGGUGGGACCUACAGUCUUGAUGUUCUGGACUGGCAUGCACUACAUGAAACACACGGCAAAGUUUUCAUCAAGCCCAAGCUGUGGUCCUGA